GGUCGCAUGCCAAUGACGCAAUUACAUCGCGCUGGGGUCUAUAUUUGCUGUGUAAUAAUAGAGUUAGGCCGGUUCUGACAGACGCCGGGAAGAGAGAAAUUGUUAAAUACCGAGGGUUGUUUACGGACAGAAAGCGGAGCCUGAGGUAUCAGCAUGGAAUAUCUGAUCGGAAUCCAAGGACCCGAUUUCGUCCUGGUGGCCGCUGACACCGUAGCGGCCAGCAGCAUCAUUCAGAUGAAACACGACUACGACAAAAUGUUCAAGCUGAGUGAGAAGAUCCUGCUGCUGUGUGUGGGCGAGGCGGGCGACACGGUGCAGUUUGCCGAGUACAUCCAGAAGAAUGUGCAGCUGUACAAGAUGAGAAAUGGUUAUGAGCUCAGUCCGGCAGCUGCAGCAAACUUCACCCGGAAGAACCUGGCGGAUUACCUGCGGAGCCGGACACCGUACCAUGUGAACCUGCUGCUGGCGGGCUUUGACGAUGCGGACGGUCCGGCGCUGUACUUCAUGGACUACCUGUCGUCGCUGGCCAAGGCUCCCUUCGCUGCCCAUGGAUAUGGAGCUUUCCUCACACUCUCCAUCCUGGACCGCUACUACAGGCCAGACUUGACGCGGGAGGAGGCUGUGGACCUUCUGAAAAAGUGUUUGGAUGAGCUUAAUAAACGGUUCAUCCUGAACCUGCACUCAUUCAAUGUACGGCUCAUCGACAAGGAUGGCAUCCACGACAUGGAGAAACUUCCGCUGGCUGGGGAGCCCUGACCCCCCAACCUUGACCCCCCACCUGCUUUUUGUACCAGAGCCUUUUAAAUCUUUCCGUCUCCAAUAAAAUCAGUGAAUCACUGAAA